AUGACCUCGUGCUUUAACGUCCCUAUCAAUCUCUCGCGCUUAGAGAAUGAUCGCCUCAAACUGGUCCCGCUAAAGGAUAAUCUCGAGGAAUGGGGCGCGGCCUGGGUCGAGGACGGAAUUCGCAACUCAAAAACCUACGACUGGCUUACUUAUGGCCCCUUCGCUAGUGGCGCUGAAUAUGUAUUGUGGUACAAUGACAACUGCCGCAACGACACCAGCACCCUCCUUUUAGCUAUCCUUCUCAAGGCUGGCACCGUCACUCGCAGAGACCCAGUCACUGGUGAGACGGCCAGUGCCGAAAUCGCCGACGGAACCUUUGCUGGGCUCUGCGGCAUUGUCAGCCAGCCCGAGCGCGCUACCAUGGACAUGGGGCAGCUGCUGGUUAGCAGCUUCCAGCGAACAUUUGAGGACUGGGGUUGA